AUGAAUUCUGAUGAUGAUUUUAGUAGUAAUGAAGGAACUCGGGUCGGGGAAGAAUCCAAAACGAAAGUGAAUCUUACACAAGAGAAUGUCAAGGAGCUGAUUUCUAGCCUUCUUCUAUCAGUUGUGGAAUAUUUGACUAAAAUUUGUGUCAUCUGUGAAGGAGAUGAUGUGGCGGAUGCUCAAUCGGUUAAAAAUCUCAUGAAAUACAUGUAUUGUGCACUUAAAAUAUUGCCGUUUAGAUACAAAUUUGAAAAAACGCUGAAAAAGUUGCAGAAGAUCAUAGAAUAUAGCAAUAAUCAAUCAUAUGAUCUAGGAAUAGUAAUCAAGGGUUUAGUAAAAGCAGUUGACGAGUACGCCAAUCCUUACGAAUGGCUAUACGAUAACGUAGUGGAUAAGUAUUUGAAGUCGGGAGAGAAAUUGGACGAAAGUCUAUCAAUAAUAGACACACUACAAACGAACCUCCUUGAGAGGCUCCAGGUAUCAAAAAUCGAUGAAGCUAAAGCUGAACCGCAAGUUCUUAAAGAAUCAACCACUAGAAUGGACUAA